AUGGAAACAAGUAAUAAUGGUGUAAGAGUGAAUUCAAUUUCGAAUGAUAAUUCGGAAAAUCGACAACUAUUAAAAGAAACUAGAUUGUUAAGAGACACAUUAGAUUUAUUAUGGAACAAAACAUUGGAACAAAAACAAGUAUGUGAACAAUUGGAGCAAGAAAAUGAAUAUUUACAAGAUUAUAUCAAUAACUUAAUGGCUUCAAGUAAUGUUUUAGACAAAUAA